GUCAGUGCAGAAUCCCAGUGGAAACCGGAGCUGGGAGGGCUCUUCCUGCCUGCGGGAGGCAUCUUCAUCUGUCACUCUUUGUCCUUUGCUGUGUCCCACCGAAGGCCAUGCACAGUGGCAAGCUGCAGACAGGUUUGCUGGUGGCUGGCUACUUUAUCUAUCUGCUUGUGGGUGCUGCUGUGUUCCAGGCACUGGAGAGAACUGCUGAGAAGCAGGAGAAAAUGGCAGCUGCCCAGAUGAAGGAGGCUUUUCUGCAGAACUUCACUCACCUCACAGUGGCGGAGGUGGAACAGUUUAUGAAGAACCUGACUGAAGCCAUUCAGAAUGGAGUAUACCCUGUUGGAAAUGAAUCACAGAUUGAAGACAGCAACUGGGAUUUCAGUAACUCCUUCUUCUUUGCAGGCACAGUUGUCUCCACAAUAGGCUAUGGCACACUGCGUCCUAAAACUGCUGGAGGCCAGAUCUUCUGUGUCUUUUUUGCUCUGUUUGGAAUCCCUCUGAAUAUUGUUUUUCUACAUCGUGUUGGUAAGAUGCUCUCACUGCUGUGUAAAAAGCUGGGAAAAUUCCUGUAUGAGAAAGGAAUGAGAAAGAAGAAGAUAAAAUUUCUGACUCUUCUGUUUUUCUUGGCAACGGGGAUCCUAGUUUUUCUGUGCUUGCCAUCACUCUUCUUCCAGAAAACAGAGGGCUGGUCCUACAGUGAAGGAAUUUACUUUGCAUUUAUCACCCUCAGCACCAUUGGCUUUGGAGAUUAUGUAGUAGGUAAACAACCCGGCAGGAAUUACUUUUCCUACUAUCGAACACUGGUGGCCAUCUGGAUCCUCUUUGGUCUUGCUUGGAUUGCACUCCUAUUUAAUUUAUUGACAACAGUACUCGAAGAUACUGAAAAAAUAAUUGUCAAGGAUAUCCAUCAAAUUGGAAAGGUGAGUAAGGACAAUGUAGCAAGCCAACAAAGAAGAUGCUGGCCUGCUCAAUUUAUUCCAGAAGAAGAGCUACUACCACCACAUGCUGGAGGGGAUGCACAGAAAAUGGAGUCAUUAGAACCAGAUUCUGAGCAGACAAAAACUGAAAAAAAUGCUUUUUCUUAGAGCAAAAAAGUUGCCAUAACGUAUGAAAAUUGAAUUCUUCAUUGGAGAGUUACUAGUUAAUUAUUCUAAAGAAAUUCCCAUGGAAAUAAAAUUUCUCCUACCUUUGGCUGAGAAACGACCUUUCAGAACUCAAGACUUAGUUACACAAAGCCUGAAUAUUAAUGGUAAGAAAUUUGCUCCUCAAUUUACAGCUAGGUUGUGCUGACAGCCUGAGAUGUGCACUUGUUUUACAAGGAGUUUUUAAGGUGCUUCCAUGAAAAUGCAGAGGAGAGGCAUGGUAGCACUUGCUGGUUCUAUUUCAAUUUUGCUGCUUGCAGUCAUGUCUCUUCCAGGAACUGGCACGCACAAGCUUUUCUGAGGCAUUGCAUUGUACCUUUGGAAGCAGAAAGAAGGAUAUAUAACAUAAUAGAUGUCUGAUUUAAGCCAUCAUAUUGGCUAAGCUAUUAUGCCCUAAAAGACUUUAAAGGACAAGACCCGAGCUCAGUUCAGAGAAACUAGAAGCAUCUGAUGAACAGUGCUAGAAAAAAUUUAGCAUGUUAGAAACUGUGAAUUCUACCUCUUCCUCUUUUAUACUAAGAUGAAUAAAGGCAAUUUCACCUUUUAUC